ACAAACAGGGUUUCUCUCAGAGAAGAGGCUCAAACUGACCUGAGUUUAAGAACUUCCAGCUUCAAUUUCAAAAAAUGGGAGCAAGCUUUACAGCCCCACGUUCAAGAUCUUCCAGUACAUCAUUAAAAGGAAAGGCUCCCACCAUUGUCGAGUGCCACAACAAAGCUGAGUGGACAGCUCAUUACGAAGCCACGAAGGAAACAAACAAGCUUAUGGUGAUUGAUUUCACUGCUGCAUGGUGUGCACCUUGUCGACACAUGGAGCCGACUAUCAAGGAGUUUGCUGCAAGGUUCAAGGAUGUUGAGUUCAUUAAAAUCGACGUCGAUAAGUUGACGGAUGUCGCUAAGGAAUAUGGCGUAGAGGCAAUGCCAACAUUCAUACUGCUUAAGAACGGGAAAGUAGUUGAUAAAGUGGUCGGAGCCAGGAGGGAGGACCUGCAAAAGAAGAUUGAGAAAUAUAGUAAAUAUUGAUGAUGUUCAUGAAGCAUCUAAAUAAGGAAGGAAAAAACAGUAAUAAAGAAGCAGGAUUAUCUAGUUUGCUAGAACAAACAAAGCAUGUGAUGUUUAUUCUAUUAUGACAGCCCUUAUGAUUUAUGUUCAGAAAGAUUUCUUCCUU